AUGCAAGACGCCCACCGUCCUGACAGUGAGGAAGGACCCUCUAUGCGAGAAGCUCACAGGCCGCGCAGGCCCUGCUAUGAGCAACAUAUCGCCCAGCGAGUCAUCAAGCGCCUUGCCCAGCCGUAUAAAGACAUCAAGGAGAGGAUAGCCACAACGCCUGCUAUAAAGGCGAAGUAUCUCCUCGGCCUCUCCUUCGGUUCUUCGUCGGCCUCGCUAGUCCAGCUGCUUGACGCGAACCUCCAGGGCCUCAAGGAGAAGAAUCUGCGUGUCGCGUACGAGGUGCAUGUGGUCCACAUCGACACCGACGUCUCAGGGGCGGCAUCCACCUCCUCAGCUGAGGGUUCAGCGGCAAGCCAGCUCCUGGAGAAGUACAAGGAACGGUUUCCCAACAUCUCGAUGCAGACCGUGCCGCUGAGCGAUGCUCUCGCCCUUGACACGAUAGACUGGUCCGUUCUGCCUGCGCUGCGGACAGACCUGGUCCCCGCAUUGCAGGUCAAAGAGCUUAUCGAGGCCCUGCCUUCCGUCACUUCGCGGGUGGACAUCAUGAGGUUAUUGGUGCGGCAUUUGCUCUUGUCGUUGGCGCUGAAGAGCGGGUGUCACGCGUUGAUGCUGGGGUGCACCACAACCGCCCUCGCCGAGCUGACGCUCGCGGAGACGGCCAAGGGGCGGGGUUUCGCAGUGCCGUGGCAGGUCGGCAAUGGCCCCGUCCCCGUCACGACGUUUUCGCGGCAGGGUGCAGAGGGCAAAGCUGCGGGUGCCAAGGAAAAGACAACGAUCCCGGUGUAUUAUCUUCUUCGGGACGUCUUCAGGCGGGAGAUCGUCACGUAUGUCGGCUUGGUCAAACCGCCCAUGAAGGAUCUCAUCCGAGAUGCUGGGCAGGGCAGUAGCACCAUCGUCUCUCACAAGGAGUUAAGCAUCGAGGAUGUUAUGGCACGUUACUUUGAGGAGGUGGAGGAGAGCUACCCCUCUGUCGUUGCCAACGUUGUCCGCACGAGCGCCAAGCUUACCCGUGAGAACGAUGGCGAUGCGUGUGCUGUUUGUGGCAUGGACUUGGAUGAACAGGGCGAGGUCAGGUGGAAGGGGGAGAUCGGAGAACACCUCGACGACAAUGACAGGAGGAAGCAGACUGCAGGACGAAUGUGUUACGGCUGCGAACGGUCUAUAUAUGGAUAA